GGACAGCACAGGGAAAGGAUGUGUCUAUCUGUUAAUAACAAUAUUACAUGACCCCAGCAGGGGCCACACCUAGACAGAUAUGGAACUCGUGAAUGCCGUGUCGCAGCCGUCCCUCUGCCCUGAGGUCGCCCACAGCUGCUCGUCGGAGGCGGCUUCUCGCCAGCUCGCCACGUGCCUGCCACCACAAUUAGCGCACGUUGGAGCUCCUGGCUCCCCUUUCGUCAACUGCUGGAGCUGUGCUCUCCGUCACAUCGACACGGACUGUGGUGUUGCGGCGACGGGAUGGCGCCUACUUCAACUCUCUGGGAGCACGCCAGCGAAUCCGCUACGCCUGUCGCACCUGCUCUUCGCAAGACUGUCAGCAGAGGAGCUGAUGGAGAGACACCCAGGAAGCGCAGGAGCGCCCGCAUAGCCGCCAUCAGGACACGAGCUGUUUUACGUUCGCAAGCACAGACUGCUUUAGAAGCGUACACAGUGCUGCGAGCGAGAAGUAAAACUUGUGAGCAGCGCGAGGCGGGCAGCCACUGGCCACAGCCGGAGCCGCAGCCACAGCCGCAGGGGAC